AUCUUCCAUUCCAACCCCCUCCCCCCCCAAAUGAAAUCAUGACCUCCCCCUCCCCCUCUCUCUUCUCUUCUUUCUCCUUCUCUUCUGCAAGCUCUUCUUGAUUUAUCAAACCAUCCUCCUCCGCUUUUUCUUCCCGGAAAGCAACCCUAAAAUGAGUAGCUUCGAGGAGUCCUUACGAUCUCUCUCUCUGGACUACCUUAACCUCCUCAUCAAUGGCCAGGCUUUCUCCGAUGUAACUUUCAGCGUAGAGGGUCGCUUGGUUCAUGCCCAUAGGUGUAUUUUAGCUGCAAGGAGUCUCUUCUUCAGGAAAUUCUUCUGCGGACCUGAUCCUCCAUCUGGGUUAGACCCGGUUGGUUCCAGGAUGAACCCAGCAGCAGCAGCAGCAGCAGCCGCAGGGUCUAGGCCUGGUGUUAUACCAGUGAACUCAGUGGGAUACGAGGUGUUCUUGCUGCUGUUACAGUUCUUGUAUAGUGGCCAAGUCUCUAUUGUGCCUCAAAAGCAUGAGCCCAGGCCUAAUUGUUCUGAAAGAGCGUGUUGGCAUACGCAUUGCACCUCUGCCGUUGAUCUCGCUCUCGACACUCUUGCUGCCGCUAGAUACUUUGGUGUUGAACAGCUUGCAUUACUCACCCAGAAACAAUUGGCCAGCAUGGUUGAGAAGGCCUCAAUUGAAGAUGUUAUGAAAGUACUCAUAGCUUCAAGAAAGCAAGACAUGCACCAACUUUGGACUACUUGUUCCCACCUAGUGGCCAAAUCAGGCCUACCACCAGAAGUUCUCGCCAAACAUCUUCCCAUCGAUGUGGUGGCCAAAAUUGAAGAGUUACGUCUCAAGUCAUCCCUUGCUCGGCGCUCCCUAAUCACUCAUCACCCCCACCACCACCACCACCAUGAUCUCACCGCGACCGCUGAUCUUGAGGACCAGAAAAUUCGGAGGAUGAGAAGGGCUUUAGACUCCUCAGAUGUUGAGCUAGUCAAACUCAUGGUUAUGGGAGAAGGUCUCAAUCUUGAUGAAGCAUUGGCUUUACACUAUGCUGUCGAGAACUGCAGCCGGGAAGUGGUUAAGACCUUGCUAGAGCUUGGUGCAGCCGAUGUUAACUACCGGGCCGGGCCUGCAGGCAAGACCCCACUUCACAUUGCAGCGGAAAUGGUAUCACCAGAUAUGGUUGCAGUCCUUUUAGACCACCACGCGGACCCUAAUGUAAGAACCGUUGAUGGGGUGACUCCUUUGGACAUUCUUCGGACUCUAACCUCUGAUUUCUUGUUCAAAGGUGCCGUGCCGGGGCUGACUCACAUUGAACCGAAUAAGCUUAGGCUAUGUCUUGAGCUUGUCCAAUCAGCAGCUUUGGUUAUUUCGCGCGAAGAAGGGAGCGCAAAUACUCCAACUUCAACUGCAAUUUACCCACCACUGAGUGAUGAACAUAAUAGUAGCGGCAGCGGAAGCAAUCUUGCUAACCUUAAUUUGGAUUCAAGGUUGGUUUAUCUCAAUCUUGGUGCUACAGGUUCAACUCAGAUGGGGUCGAGAAUGGAGGGAGAUGAUGAUAGCAGCCAGAACAGCCAAAGAGAAGCCAUGAACCGACAUGACCCAACAAUGUACCAUCACUCUCAUGACUUCUAGCUCCAAAACUUUUUUUCUCUUUCUCUUUCUAUCUCUCGCUCUCGCUCUCGCUCUCAAUCUCUAUAUAUAAAAAUGGCUGGUGAAAGACAAGCAAAAUAGUAGUUCAUGAAAACUCAAUUCAUGAGAGAUUAUUGGAUUAUAUAUUUUCUUUUGUCAAACUUUUUUUUUCAUCGCUAGCAUUUUCCCUUUGCUGUGCGGGGUGUUUUUCUUUUUCUUUUGCUUUUCUUUUUUCCUUUUUCUUUUUUUGGUUUUUUGUAGGCUUUCAAUGAUCAUGAUAUGAAGUGCAGUUUCAUUGGAGAUGGGAUUUUUUUUCUCUCAUGGGAUGAGACAACGAGAAUCUGAGAUUUGCUCUCUGAUGAGGGGUUGAUGGAGGAGAGACGCAGGUCAAUCUUUUCAAACCCGGCCUGUCAACUCCUUUGUAUUUAUUGAUAGUAUCUAAAUAUCGUGGCCUAUUUAUUGUGA